UUUCUUUUGGGAGAACUUCUCCCUCCGAAGUCCCCAAGCUCAACUCUCAACUUAAGCUUGUAAGCUCACCACCAGUCACCGCCUCUCCUACCACCAUUUACGACUCUCUCAGUUCUCCGAUUCAGACCCAACCUCUCUCUCGUCUAGACCCAGUCUCUCUCUCGUCCAGACCCAGCACCGCUUCCGUCGAGGACGCCGCCGCCGCCCUCCGAUCCACCACGCCGUUGCCGGACUUUCCUCUGCCGCCACCACCAGAUGGUGAAAGUUGAAGUUUUGUCAAGGACAUGACAUCCAAGAGAGAACGUGAGGAAGACACUGGUAAAGUUGGUCAGGAUGGAGACUUAAAUUCUGAGCGGAAACGACAGAAGAUGAUUUCCCCUCCACCUGCCUCUGAUAACUCCCUUCUUCCUGGUUUUAACUAUGGUGAUGAUGAUGAAGAGGACGAGAGUGAGAGGCAACUGCGUUCGGAUGGCCAUGGUGAUGGUAUGUUAAGGACUGGACAAAAUGGUGUUCAAAUAGAAGCCGAAGAGGAUGAGGACGAGGAUGAUUACCUGCGUGAUGAAGGAUUUUCCUUGGGAAAGCGAAGCCGUGAAAUUGAGAUUAGAAGGGAUUGUCCUUACUUAGAUACCGUUAAUCGCCAGGUUUUGGAUUUUGACUUUGAGAAGUUCUGCUCUGUUUCUCUAUCGAAUUUGAAUGUGUACGCGUGUUUGGUUUGUGGGAAGUAUUACCAAGGAAGGGGAAGGAAGUCUCAUGCAUAUACUCAUAGUCUUGAAGCUGGACAUCAUGUUUAUAUAAACCUCCGAACAGAGAAGGUUUAUUGCCUUCCUGAUGGAUACGAGAUUAGUGAUCCAUCAUUAGAUGAUAUUCGACAUGUUCUAAAUCCAAGGUUUACUGAAGAAGUUCAACUGCUCGACAAAAAUAAGCUGUGGUCCAGGACACUUGACGGCUCAGACUAUCUUCCCGGAAUGGUGGGGCUUAACAAUAUUAAGGAAACUGAUUUUGUGAAUGUCACUAUUCAAUCUCUGAUGAGAGUUACUCCCCUAAGAAACUUUUUCCUGAUUCCCAAGAAUUAUCAACACUGCAAAUCUCCACUUGUUCAUAGAUUCGGGGAGCUCACACGAAAAAUUUGGCAUGCACGCAACUUUAAAGGACAGGUGAGCCCACACGAGUUUCUGCAGGCUGUGAUGAAAGCCAGUAAAAAGCGUUUUAGAAUAGGAGCACAGUCUGAUCCAGUUGAAUUUAUGUCAUGGCUCCUUAAUACACUGCAUUCUGAUCUUAGGACUUCAAAGAAAAAUAGCAGCAUUAUUUAUGAGUGUUUUCAGGGAGAACUGGAGGUUGUGAAAGAAAUUCCUAACAAGACUAUUGCUGAAAAGAAGGAAAAUGGUGAUGACACAAAUGGUGCUUUAAAACCUACAGAUGGUGGUGCUGAGAACAAUGGCAUUAUUACAGAGUCUUCCAAUAUGCCAUUCUUAAUGCUGGGACUGGAUUUGCCACCACCUCCUCUUUUCCAAGAUGUUAUGGAGAAAAAUAUAAUACCACAGGUCCCUCUGUUUAACAUUCUGAAGAAAUUUGAUGGGGAGACUGUGACUGAAGUUGUCCGUCCUCAUAUAGCAAGGAUGAGAUAUCGGGUCACUCGAUUACCACAGUAUGUCAUUCUUCACAUGCGGCGGUUUACGAAAAACAACUUCUUUGUUGAGAAGAAUCCUACCUUAGUAAACUUUCCUGUUAAAAACCUUGAACUGAAGGACUACAUCCCCUUGCCAACGCCUAAAGUAAAUGAAAAACUACGCUCAAAGUAUGAUCUGAUCGCCAAUGUUGUUCAUGAUGGUAAACCUGGUGAGGGUUCCUACAGGGUAUUUGUGCAGAGAAAAUCGGAAGAAUUAUGGUACGAGAUGCAGGAUUUGCAUGUCUCAGAAACUCUUCCUCAAAUGGUUGCUCUCUCAGAGGCUUAUAUGCAGAUAUAUGAACAGCAGCAGUAACAUUAGAGAGUUUUUGAGUCUCAGUAUACUUUGUGACACCCCCAGUACUUACAUAAUUGCGAAGAGGAGAAAGUUAUAUAGAUGAAGAAAAUGUCGACCUCUUAAGGUAGCUUAUUCUUCUUUGUAUCACUGGCUUACAGCUCGGAGGUUCUGUGGAUAUUAAAAGGUUUUUUCGUUGAAAGGCAACAAAAUAUGUUGGCUUUGACCGGUAAGCCAUUGAUCUUUCUUUGCAACUUCAGCCAUUGUAAUCUUUGAAAGGAUUUUCUAAAUCGGCUAAUAUCAGAAUUAUUCGCUAUUUUUCACUU